AUGAGAGAAGCAGAGAAAGAGAAAGAAGACGAAGGAAUGAAAGAACCAGAUAGCGAAGCCGACGAGGCUGACGAAGAUCAAUCCAUGUCAGACGGAAGCAACGAAGACGAAGCAGAAGACGAUUGGAGAAUUCCAAUUCACCAGUACCUUGACAAAGGUACCCUCCCUGCAGAUGUCAAAGAAACUCGAAAACUCGAAUCAAAGGCAGCAAUGUACAACAUACGAGAUGGAAUACUGUAUAGAAGGUCAUUUCUUGAACCUCUGAUGCGGUACCUCUCACAAACCGAAGAUGACAAAGUUUCAAAACGUAACAAAGAGUUGUUUCAAGGAAAGGAGACAGCAAAGGCCCCUCACGUGGGGUAUAAUACAACAAAGAAGUUCAGUUGGAAACAAAGCCAGCGUAACACGAUCAUGGGUAAGGAAGACGGGGAAAGACAACUCCCUCAGCCUGGGGCUCGGCCUCCGUAA